UUAUACUCUGUGGUUUUGGUUAAUUUUUCUUUUGUUUUGUGGUUUUGUUAUUUGAUUUGGUUGGAGGGAAACGGAAAAUCGUGAAUUAGAAUGGAAUUUUGUAUAUUAUUGUUUACAAUACAAAAUUUUAAAAAGUAUUUUAGUUCGCAUGGAAGGUUUGUGUCUAUGUGAAAACGCUUAAGUUAAAUGAGUAAAAUACAUUCUCAUUUUGAUCUCAAUUGAAAAUUAAUAGCCUAGUACCAUUCAAAUUUAACAGUCUACUGUUCAUAAAAACGAUUUUCUGAAGAAUGAAAAUGAAGCCUGUAAUCAAUAUAGAAAUUUUAAGACGUCCAACAAGUGUCAUAAGUUCUAGAGACUUGAAAUCUCAUGUGGAACAAGAAAUUCAUAACAUUGGGAAAAUUGAGCCGGGCACGAAACUGACUCAAUUUUCGAACAAAGUGCUUACUGACAAUGUUGAAAUUAUUGAGAUUUGUGAACUGGAUGGCGAAAAUAACCUUCAUGAGAAAUUGGCUGAUCUCAAAAAUGAGUUUUAUCCAAAGGAUGUGGUUUGUCGAUACCAUGUGUACCGAAUGAACCGGGAAGGAGCUCAACUGGAAUGUAUGGAUGUGGGAGAUAAUGGGGAAGAGGAUCAACCGGUCGCCCACCACUGGAUACUUCCCUCGUCUGAUUUCCACGGUCUGUGGGAAAGUUUGGUGUACGAUUGUGGUGUAAAAGAAAAUCUACUAAGCUAUAUGGAGGCUACAAUGCUGUUUAGUGACUGUGGUGUCGAUACCAACAUAAUUAGUUGGAACCGAUUGGUGCUACUCUAUGGUCCUCCAGGCACAGGCAAGACUUCACUAUGUAAGGCACUGGCCCACAAGCUGGCUAUACGGACUGGCAGCCGGUACACACAUGGUCAGCUUGUUGAGAUCAAUAGCCACAGCCUUUUCUCCAAGUACUUCUCAGAGAGUGGGAAGCUGGUGGUAAAGAUGUUUGACAAGAUCAAAGAGCUGAUUGAGGACAACAACUCUCUGGUGUGUGUACUGAUUGAUGAGGUUGAAAGUUUGACCCGUGCCAGAGAGUCAUCCAUGUCAGGUUCAGAGCCUUCAGAUCUUAUCAGGGCCGUCAACUCGGUCCUCACUCAGAUAGAUCAAAUGCGGAAAUACCCCAAUGUAAUGAUCCUCACGACGUCAAACAUCACAGAAGCCAUUGAUGUAGCAUUCUUGGACAGAGCUGAUAUUAAACAGUACAUAGGCUUGCCUUCAUACCAUGCGAUAUUUAUCAUAUACAUGUCCUGUAUAAAGGAACUUAUUAGGGUUAAUAUAAUUUUAUCGAAUCCUGAAAUGGACUCACUGACCUUUGGAAGACUGAGUUUAGACCAAGGUGAAAAGGAGGAGAACAAAAAUGUCCAACGUCUUCUCGCAGUCUCCAGAUUAAGUGUGGGUCUAAGUGGGCGGAUGUUACGAAAGGUCCCUUUCCUAGCCCAUGCACUGUUUGUCAAGGCCCGGACUGUUUCCUUAGACGCAUUUAUCUCAGCUAUGGAGUCGGCGGUCAUUCAUCAAAAACAUGAUACUAAGUAAUGACUGAUUAGUUUAAGCUUUGCUAUAUAUUGUCUAUUUAAGCUCAAAUAAGUUUUGUAUAGAAGCUUGUUCAUAAACAAAUGGUUGUAUUUAUUAUUUCUUAUUAGCUUGUUACCAGGAAAUUAUUAAUGUGUGCUGGAACUAUUUUUAAUAAUUUGACAACAGUAUGAAUAUUCCUAAAAAAGAUAUACAUUCAUAAAAUUAGUAUUUUGUAGCUGAUUGGGUUGAUUGCAGGUGAUCUGUUGUAUUAUCAUUUAACUUAAUUAUCUAAUGUUGAAAAUUUUUAUACAAAAUACCAUUGUUUUUCACUUGAUAAUAAACUAUUUAUUUUCUUAUGGAAAUAAAAAUUUAGUUUGUUUUAGUUGUAAAACGAGGCAGUCAGAUUAAAACUGUUUGUGAAAAUUAUUUACAAGGAUAAGUUUAUUACUGCUAAAGAUUACUCUUUUAAUUAUAUCUCUAAAAAGCAUGCUUAAAACUAGUGUUUAAUAUAUUUUAAAAUAAAUUGUUUAGUAGUAUGUAUAUUAUCUGUUAAUAGUUUCAAGUUUUAGUUGUUUUAUCUUUUUAUUAUUUAAGUUAAGAAUCAAAUUUUGUUAUUUAUUUAGUUGUAUGCCUAGGAUAUAUUAGUAUAUUUAAUUAAAAUAAUUUAUGUACAAACAAUAUAACAGUUCAAUCAAUAAAAGAAUUACCAUAUAAUAAAUAAUUUGCUUAAAAUAUACAGUCAUUAUGGGGUGGAUCAACCAUGGAUUGAAAGUGUUAAAAAUAUAACCUCUUCUUCACAUGUAACCCUCGUACAUGUUUUACACCUGUAGUAUUUUACUUUUAGUGACACUUAACGAUGGAAAAUGUCUGAAAUCCUACUAUCCUUUUAAAUAAUCAUCCAUCGUCAAUAACCAAACUUUAAACUAAGAAUCUUAUGUUUGAGAAAUAUUGUGAGUUAUUUAAAAAAAUCAUAACAUUAAUUAUCAUAUUAAGUUGGAAAGAAAAUACAAUAAAAAUAAUAAUUAGUUGUUUUUAAAUAAAAUAACCUCAUUUGUUAUUAUUAUUUUAUAUGAAUUAUUGUUUUAAAUAAGUGAAUUGCGCCAUACAUAUAUAUAUUUCUUUGCAUGUUUACACAGUCUUGGAACAUGGUCAUCAUUUCCUUAACUUUUUUUGCCAUGAUCCGAUAUAUCAAACUGUCUGAGACUAAAAGUCAACAGCCAUUAUUCAGUAUAUGAGAUUGUUUGCUUUAUUAUAUUAUUACUUCCAGCUUUUCAAAUGCUCUUAAAUUACACUAAACAACAGUGUCAAUUAUGCUAAAAGCGAAAAAAAAAAAAUGCUUUUAUAAUCGGUAUAUCCUGUAUAAUUUGAUCUUAGCAAAAAUUCUGUUGUAGCCUUUGCAUUUAUUCCAUAUAGGAGGAAUAUAAUUGGCAUAUAAUUUUUGUACUAUAAGCCCAAUAUGUAUAAACACGUUUUAAAGUAAAACUUUGCAUGCAUGUUAUAAAACAGCUUAAUAACAAAAUAUUUAUUUGAAAGGAACUAAGCAUUUUUUCCAUACUUAUGUAGACUCAAACAAUGUAAAAAAAUAUACAAUACAAUACCUCAUAUAUUUGUUAUUUGAAAGAAACUUAUUUACUUUAAAACAUAUUCUGGUAUUUAAAGAGUUAAUUACCAUGGAUAAUUCACUUUUCUGUUAUAAGUGGUUAUUAUGAGCAACAAAAAAUAAAAAUGUUAGUAUGUACUUAUAAAAUAUGGAUUAAAGUUUAAUAAAUUUAGUUUGAUGAUA